UUCGGUCGUCGUGACAACAAACUGCCGUGUCUAUGCUAUGAAACUAAAAACCACCCAAAAAGUCGUAUUUCGACGGAAAUCAAUAGUAUUAAAAGAGCCGAAAACUAAAUUGUAAACGUUAAAGCAGUAUAGAGCUGUGUCAAACAUGUUUUAAUGCUCGUAGGUUUUAAAAAAACACGAUUUAAAGCCGAGUUAACUCUUUUUCGGACGAGACGUUGUGACCACAAACUGCCGUGUGAAAACAAACAACCGGAAGUUAUAGUAUUGUUCUAUUUUGAUUGACAGGUCUUGCUCAGCUACGCACGUUUAAUGGGCGGAGGUAAGCUAUGCUGCUGUUGGUAUUCUCUGCGUAAAUAUACGUACAGAAAUGACGUUUUACCUUGUGUCUUGCAACUCCUGUACGUCUGUUGCGGCCAUGCGCCGUCGUAGCUGUCAGAGGACAUUUAAAUGGCCACGGCACGGAUCCGUUUACCUCACAGCACCGUAAUAACGCCGUUACGGUGAUAUUUAGGCAAACAGCUGCGUGUACACAGUCUGUGGUUGUUAUCGGUGUUGCUCUCUUUGGUGUAAAUCCGUAUUUUAACCGCUGAAUUAGUUCAGAAAGCCACAAAGUGAAGAAAUGAGCGACGAGGAGGAGUUUCUGCAGAGAGCUCGAGCCGGGUUUGAGGAUCUGUGUCGGGCUUUAAACAUGGACGAAGAGGCGGGAAACGAGGCCUGGAAAAACUACGAAAACACCCGCAGGAACUUCACUUUAGAGGGCAGCGAGCGCCACUGGCUGGCCUGUGCUCUGUACGUGGCCUGCCGGUCCUCUGUGCCCACGGUGGGGAAAGGCACCGCCGACGGGAACUACGUCUCCCUCACCAGGAUCCUACGCUGCUCCGAGCUGAGCCUGAUUGAGUUCUUCAACAAGAUGAAGAAGUGGCAGGACAUGGCCGAGCUGCCGCCGGCGUUCAGGCACGGCACCGCCCGGCUGGAGAGGAACUUCACCGUCUCAGCCGUCAUCUUCAAGAAGUACGUUCCCAUCUUCAGAGCCAUGUUCAGGCCGCCGGCGGAGGAGCCGCCACGGGCACACCGCAGCCGCAAACAGAGACGCCAUCCCUGCACCGUGACCGAGGUCUUCAACUUCUGCUGGCUUUUAUUCGUCCACGCUAAAGGGAACUUCCCGAUGAUCAGUGACGACCUGGUGAACUCGUACCAUCUGCUGCUGUGCUCCCUCGACCUCGUCUUCACCAACGCUCUGCUCUGCAACGCACGAAAAGAUCUGCUCAACCCAAACUUCAGAGGUCUGCCGGAGGACUUCAGCAGCAAAGACUUCCGUCCGUCCUCGUCUCCGCUCUGCUUCAUCCAGCAGCUGUGUGAGCUGCACGACGGCCUGGUGCUCGAAGCCAAAGGAGUCAAAGAGCACUUCUGGAAACCUUUCAUCCACAAGCUCUUCCACAAGAGGAUCAUCAGAGGAAAAGAAGACAGUCUGACCGGCUUCCUGGACCCCAUGAACUUUGGAGACAGUUUUCUGUCUCUGUCUCGCGUGUACGAGGAACACGUUCUGGCCUCCGGCGGUCUGGACGAGAGGAUCUUCACCGGCGAGGCGGCGAGCGAGGACAUCGGCACGCCGGGGCCGUGUGACGGAGCGGAGGACGGCGCCACCUACAGGCUGCACACCAACGUCACGGCCUCGGCUCUGAGGGCCUCCACCCCUCUCACAGGGAGGAAGUUCACUCAGGAGAACAGCUCGCCGUCUCCGGUGUCGGCGGCCCUGAAGAGUGUCGGGAGACUCCACACGCUGCUGUCAGGAACCAGACAGGGGCCCAGCGCCACGCUAACGGAAACUUUCCGGAACUGUGCCAGAGACCCCAGUGAUGUCAUCAGCAAGCGCCUGAAGGACAUGUUUCAGAUCUUCUGUCGACAUUUCGAGGAAAGCGGAGCCGAGAACAGAACGAUGGGGAAAGACAUGGCGGUGAAGUACUUCGGCCUGGCGGAGGCGCUGUACUACCGGAUCUUGGAGUCCAUCAUCGAGAGGGAGAAGAUGAUUCUGGGAGACGCAGACCUGUCUUGUAUCAUGGAGCAGGACGUCUUCCAUCGCUCGCUGCUCGUCUGCUGUCUGGAGAUCGUCAUCUUCUCCUACAGACCUCCGGGAGAUUUCUUAAACCUUAUCACCAUCUUCCAGAUCCCCACGUAUCACUUCUACAAGGUGAUCGAGGUGUUGGUGCGCUCCGAGCAGGGUCUGUUUCGGGAGGUGGUGAAGCACCUGAACCGGGUGGAGGAGCAGGUCCUGGAGAGCCGGGCCUGGACUAGCGACUCCCCGCUGUGGGAGAGCCUGCGGGCGGCCAGAGACCCCGUCCCCGCCUGCAACCAGGUGAUGCCUCCUCAGUACCUGGAACACAACGAUGACAGCAGCGUUCCUCUCACUCCCGUCAGCAGCGGACCGGACCUGCACACAGGCAGCACCGUCAAAGGUGUGUCCCCCUCCCCCACCACCCUGCUGGACCGCUACAGUUCUCCCCUCGCCGGCUCUCCUCCCUCCGGCCCUCACCGCCGCCGCCUGUUUGCCGACCCGGUGGACGCCGAGCCUCGAGGCACCGCGCCGGCCUCCGUUACCAAGACAACCACGGCCAGCCUGGUCACCACCAUCCCAGCCGGGCAGACGGUGCUCACCGUCACCGCCAACAACGGGCAGACUGUCUCCAUCCCGGUGCAAGGGAUAGCCAAUGAGAGCGGAGGCAUCACCUUCAUCCCGGUGCAGGUGAGCGUGAGCGGACAGGGGGGCGGAGCCACGCUGCAGCCGCUGUCAGCUCAGACUCUCACCGUCCAAUCAGCCGUCACCAAACCGGCCGUGGUCAAACCGGCCAGCAGUCCGCUGAGGAAAGGCUCGCUGUCGCUCUUCUUCAGGAAGGUGUACCACCUGGCCAGCUUGCGUCUCCGAGAUCUCUGCGUGAAACUGGACAUCUCGUCGGAGCUGCGCAGGAAGAUCUGGACGUGUUUUGAGUUUUCUCUGGUUCACUGCACCGAGCUGAUGAAGGACCGGCACCUCGACCAGAUGCUCAUGUGUGCCGUCUACGUCAUGGCCAAGGUGACCAAAGAAGACCGAUCCUUCCAGAACAUUAUGAAGUGUUACCGCACGCAGCCUCAGGCCGUCAGCGACGUGUACAGGAGUGUGCUGAUCUCAGGGAAGAGGAGACGUCACUCAGGCAGCGACGACUCCAACAAACACAGCUCCCCUGCUGACCCCACCCAGGGUCCCGCAGGCGGAGACAUCAGCCCAGUUCCUGUUCGCUCCAGCAGCACGUUGCCCCCCCCCCAGCCCGGCAGCGCCCCCUGCACCCCAAACACCUCCUCUUCCUCCGUGGGGGGCGGAGAGGAGGAGCGGGGAGACCUGAUCCACUUCUACAACAACGUUUACAUCAAACAGCUGAGAGGCUUCGCUGUGAGAUACUCGACGAGCUCGCCCUCUGCCCCGGUGGAGACCCCCCCUCUGUGUCCGUACCCCACCCUGAGGACAGGCUCCCCCCGACGGAUGCUUCUGUCCAGCAAACACUCCAUCUACAUCUCCCCGCACAAGACCGGCUCGGCCCCGACACCCCCCAGCGCCCGAGACAAGAUCUACUACUACAUCUGCAGCAGCCCGCCCAACCGCCUGCAGGAGAUCAACAGUAUGAUCCGGACCGGAGAGACUCCGACCAGGAAGCGCAGCCUGGCUCUGGACGAGGAGACGUCUCCCAAGAGGGUUUGUUGUCCUGACAACCACUCGGCUCUGAUCCGCCGCCUGCAGGACGUAGCCAACGACCGCAGCUCCUCACACUGAGAACACACACACACACACACACACACACACACACAC